AUGGGGCGAAGCUGUCUGGUGGUACUUUCGCCGCUGCACUUGCUGACUAUAUUCGGCUUCUUCGCGGCGGCCAAUGUUUUCUCUGACAGCAAGCCUUGUAGUUUAAAGCAAUUUCGAUGUGCGAAUGAUAGAUGUAUACCGAUCUCGUGGGUCUGCGACCAUACAGCCGACUGCCUAGACAAUUCCGACGAAACCGAGGAGGAAUGCAAAGGUAUACACACGUGCACCGAGUCGGAGUUCAAGUGCACGAACGGCAGGUGUAUACCGGGGACAUGGCAAUGCGACGAGGACAAGGACUGUUCCGAUGGCUCGGACGAGGAUCCAACGGUCUGCCGGUCGAAACCGUGCAGCGAGAUGGAGUUCGAGUGCAGCCCGGGGAAGUGCAUACCGAGGAACUGGGUGUGCGACCAUCAGCUCGACUGCAUGGACGGUCUCGACGAGAAAAAUUGUGGCAGGACGAAGAAUUGCACGGCGGAACAGUUCACCUGUCACUCGGGGAACGGCGAGUGCGUGGCACUCACAUGGCUGUGCGACGGCAACCAGGACUGUACGGACGGCUCAGACGAGACUGAGUGCAACAACACCUGUCGAUCCGACGAGUUCACGUGCGCCAAUAAGAAAUGUAUCCAGCAGUCUUGGGCCUGCGAUGACGACGACGAUUGUGAGGACGGCAGCGACGAGAAGGAUUGCAAACAGGUCACCUGCGAGCCAACAGAUUUCGCCUGCUCGGAGGAUCAUUGUAUACCGGCGCGUUGGAGGUGCGACGGCGACAUUGAUUGUCCGGAUCGUUCCGACGAAAUCGGGUGCAAGCCAUUGUCCAAUGGCGGCCACCACAGUCAUUGCAGCAAGAAGGAAUUCGACUGCGGAGAUGAUAUCACGUGCAUACAUCAAGACUGGAUGUGCGACGGGGAGAAAGAUUGUCCAAACGGCGCCGACGAAUCGUCGGACCGAUGUCACAAUGUUACUUGCAGACGCGAUCAGUUUCAGUGCGAAGACCGUCACACCUGUAUAUCAGGUUAUUUGUACUGCAAUGGAAAAGCAGAAUGCGCUGAUGGCAGCGACGAGAAAAAUUGUACAAGCAAAAGAAUCACCUGUGAUCCUGUGACUCAAUUUGAAUGUAGCGAGGGAUCCUGCAUUCCUAUUUACAAUGUCUGCAAUAAAAUUCGAGAUUGCAUUGGGUGGGAAGAUGAAAGUGCCGAGCUCUGCGGCGUGAACGAAUGUCUGAAUAACAAUGGCGGAUGUUCCCAAAUUUGCAUCGAUUUACCUAUUGGUUUUCGAUGCGACUGUAGUCCAGGGUACAGGUUAAUUGAUAACCGAACUUGUGAUGACAUAGACGAGUGUCUACAGCCAGGUAGCUGUUCCCAAUUCUGUCUGAACGAAAAGGGCACCUUCAAGUGCAGCUGUGCUGCGGGUUACCUUAAAGACCCUAGAAACCACACUCGUUGCAAAGCAGCGGAAGGCCAUGCAAGCCUUCUGUUCACAAGACGGCAUGACAUCAGGAAAGUAGCAUUAGAUCGGCAAGAGAUGACAGAAAUAGUGAACAACACAAAAGUAGCAGCGGCGUUGGACUUUGUUUUCCGUACGGGUAUGAUUUUCUGGAGCGAUAUCAGCGAAAAGAAGAUUUACAAAGCUCCUAUAGACGAAGGUAACGAACGUACAGUUGUUAUUGACGAUGGUUUAACAACGUCGGAUGGACUUGCUGUCGAUUGGAUAUACAGUCAUAUAUAUUGGACCGACUCUGCGAAGAAUACCAUAGAAUUAGCCAACUUCGAAGGUAAUAUGAGGAAGACUCUCAUAAAGGACCGUAUACAGGAACCUAGAGCGAUAGCCCUGAACCCUUUGGAAGGCUGGAUGUUCUGGACCGAUUGGAGCGAUGAAGCUCGUAUUGAAAAAGCGGGCAUGGACGGUUCCCAUCGGCUGGUUAUAGUGGAUAAUGACGUGAAAUGGCCGAACGGAUUAACCCUGGAUUUAAUAGGCAAAAAAGUUUAUUGGGUGGACGCGAAAUUAAAUAUAAUUGGAUCAUGUAAUUAUGACGGUUCGGGUAGGCGGACGGUACUUUACUCGCCCGAUUCGUUGAGGCAUCCGUUCAGUAUUACAACAUUUGAAGACUAUGUCUAUUGGACCGAUUGGGACAAGGAGACUAUAUUCAAGGCGAAUAAAUUUACCGGGAAAGAAGUUGAGGCCGUCACGUCGGUCCGAAGUCUGCAACAUCCAAUGGUCGUUCACGUGUACCAUCCGUACAGGCAACCAGACGGAAUGAACCAAUGUCAGGCAGUGAAUGGUCAUUGCAGCCAUCUGUGCUUACCGGCACCACGAAUUAAUUCAAGAUCUCCCCUUCUUAGUUGCGCUUGCCCAGAUGGCCUAACAUUAUUACCGGAUGGUUUAAUGUGUGUAGAAAAGGUAACCACAACUGUAGCGCCAACAACGCAAGAAAGUAGUAAGCCAUUCAAGAGACUUGAACCGUUCAACGUUACCACGACGACCAUUCAUCCAUCGCAUUCGACGGAUGAGGAUGGAAAAAGUGGUAAUGCGGCAGAGUCAACAGACGCUGGUUUAGUUGCUGGUAUAGUGAUAGGCGUGGCCUGCUUCGGGCUGUUGCUCCUAGCAUUGGUAGCAGUAUUAUGCUACAGGCAUUAUCUUCAUCGUAACGUCACGAGUAUGAACUUCGAUAAUCCUGUGUAUAGAAAAACCACAGAAGAUCAGUUUAGUCUUGAGAAAAAUAGGUUUCCACUCCCCACCGCUACCGUUGGAGAAGAGGCUCAGGAACCCUUAACGAGUCCUGGAACUAAUGAUUACGUUUAAGACUCAAUCUGUCAAUGAAACGGGCUUAGCAGGGCUGUUGAAAUGAUGUCGACCAAGUAACAAACAAAAAAAAAAUCACGUGUAAAAAGCGACGAAGCGCACCAACGUCGAGCGAGCCUGUCCAGUAGUACGCGCCUGCGUUUGCCCGUCUGCCUGCCAACUCAGCUGUGAUUAUGUUUACUUUUUGUUCUUUGUACUGUGCCUAUUCGUUUAUAAAUUUACGCAUCUCGUCAUUCAAUUAUAUUGUAUUGUACGCGCGUGCAACAUUUAGAUUUGCCCCGAGGCAUAAAGGGAGAAAUGUCUAGGUGAACUGUAAUUGUUGCCAAAUAAGCGUGCAAAGAGCGCUGAUUUUCAAGUAGUUGAAUAAGGUACCGGAAAAUUCCUACUUUAUAACGUUCUCUCUUCGGUUUUACAUGCGUAACAUGUAAUAUAGCACUAUUUAUCACACUAAUGUGGGGUCACGUCGCAUCUGCGUUUAAAUUUAUAUAAAUAUAUAUAUAUAAAUA